AUGCUGGCCAGACAAGAUGAUGCGCUCUGCAGCGCUUUCUAUAAAAGGGCUCGCGCAGCGAAGACCGCUGAAAGGCCACAGCAGGAGUACACAGCCUUCCCUCCAUUGUUCGUCUCUGUGAUGCGAUUCUUGAUUUAUUCUUUAGAUGUUUCUGGCACCUUCUACCUCUGCUGUUUCCUUAUCUUCAGCUCUUCGCUGCCGCCCCUCCGUGGUUACAUUGGAGGAGGCAGCCGCCGCCCCUGCAGCACAACUUCGUACCCAUCAACCGCCAAGCAGGGCAAUGGCCAAGACUGGGAAUUCCUCUACAAAACCGUUAACGCUGAGAGGAAUCGACUUGAAUAUGAAAACAAAGCUGAUCUUGCUGUUUUCUUUUCGUUUUACUGCAUUGUCGUUUUGUUGCUCCUAUGUGUUAACUUGCCCAUAUGUUUGUAUGCGCGUCUGCUAGCACGUAUAUCUGUGGUUACCGGGGUGUACAUGCAGGUGUAUGCGUACGCAGCUCGCUGUUCUGGGGUGUACGCGCCAAACUUGUCGGACGUGAAGGAGUUGGUGUCUCUCGUGUGCAGCAUUUUGGGUCUUUUGGCCAGCAGCACGGCGGACCCCAUCGUCUCCAAAGUCCCUGAGAUCGUUGCAAUGGUGGCUGCCUGUCCUGUUCACGACAGACGUCUCUUUGCGGCUACUGAACAGCUGAAGCGGAAGGCAGUCGACUGCGGGUUGGCCGCUUCGAAAGGCCCCAGGAAGCCCCCUCCUUCGGACAGCUUCUCGGGAGAGCCCUCUUUGGACUUGCGGUGGCUGGCAGCAGAGACGAAGGAUGACGCAUGGUUGCAAAUGAGCGAUAGGUGGGAGUUUUGUCCUUUGGAUCUGCGUUGGCUGGCGGUGGCUACGAACGACAGGUCUUGGCUCUUAAACCGGUUCGUUUGGAAGAGAAGUCCCCGUGACUUGCAGUGGAUGGCCGUAACCACGUACAGCAGAGAUUGGCUCCUUCUCGGAGCUUCGGAUCGCUGGGAGGCGACUCCUCCUGCUUUGAAGCUGCGAGCCAUUCAAAGUCAGGACCCGAGCCUCGUGCGUCCCUCCAUGUCCGAGGCGAUGCAACACUUGUUAGACGUCCGCUUGGGAGCUGAUAUACAGAGAGAAGUGGAUAUACGGGAAGAAGCUUUUAACAAGACGCCCCACAGGAUCGGUGUCGGCAUCGGUCCCUACGACUCCUUUCGGCUCUCUGCCGCGGACCUGACAGCUGAACCAGAGUUGCGGAAGCCUUUCGCGAGCCUGCCCAGAGCAGGAGAAACGCAGAAGGCUCCUGCUGCUGCUUUUGCAGCAGCAGCAGUAGAGAAAGGGGCCCCCUUAUCCCACUUCCCGAAGGAGGGGACUGUGCCUGCUUCGAAGCCCCCUGCCGCCAACAGCUCGCCGCCCCCCUGCACUCCCUUUACGCCGAAGGCUGGUAGCAUUCCUCUAAAGAAGGCCCCAGAAGAAAAGAAAACACCAGGUUCUGCCCCAUCAAAAGCACCUUCCAAAGCAACAACAGCAGCCCCAGCACCAGCAGCACCGGGAGCGGCAGCAGUUGAAGGCAAGGGUGGGGGCCUAGCAGCAAAGGACACUACUUCGGCCUCAGGUAGUAAGGUGGGUGGCCCCGCUCUAGGAAAGACGUUAGCACCCCCUACAAAACCAGGUGGCCUUGCAGGAGCUAAGACUUUAAGCUCCCCCACUGCGAACCCAGCGGGGGCCGCCUUAGCAGCCAAAGGGGCAGGGCCCCCAACUGCAGCCAAAGGGGCAGAGCCCACAGCAACCUCGCCGACAGGGCCCCCAGCAGCACCAGGUAAAGCAGAGGGCCCCCUAGCGCCCAAAACGUUGGGGCCCUUAACCACCAAGAAGGCCACAGCUCCGCCUUCAUUGAAGAAGACCUCCGGUCCUCCCGCUACUCCCACCAAAUCUGAAGGGCCUUCAAGCCUUCCAGUACAAAAGAAGGAGACAGCUCUUCCACCUAAAACGGAUCCCCCCACACCUACAAAAGCGCCAACACCGGGGGCCCCCGGGGGCGGCCCUCCAGCUUUAAAGCCCGCAGGGCAUCCGCCAGGAAGAACUGUGCCAGCGCCCACCGCCAAAUCUCUAUCUUCUCCGCCUCCCAAACCCUCAGGGCCUGCAGCAGGAGCAAAAACAGAACCCGAAGCAGUGUCAGCAUCAGGCCCCCCCCCGGCGCCCUCGAAGGGGCCCCUGGGGGGACCUUCAAAGGGGCCUCCAUUGGGGUUCUCCAAAGGUCCGGUAGGGGGGCCUCAGGGACCCCCUGGGUUGAAGAAAGACCCCGCCCCUCCGAAGGCAACGGAGGCUGCCACUUCAGCGAAGAGCAGUGAAACACAGGAUAUGGUGAAUAAGCAGGUAAUAGAGCCUAUGGGAAAGACUAAAGGGGAGUCGAAGGCCCAAGCUGCUUCACCCCGCAAGGGACCCCCUGUCGCAGGCAGCCCGAGUGCGACAAAGGCUCCCCUUGGGGGGCCCCCAAAGCUUCCAAAAGCUCCUGCUUCAGUGGGGCCCCCCAAAGAUAAGGCGAGUCCUCCCCCUGCUUCUGGGGGCCCCAAGGAAAAGGCGUCUUCUCCAUUGGAAGCAGAGGCAAAGCCUCCUCCGUCUUCAGUGGCCACCAAAGCUGGGUUGAAGGGACCCCCCAAAUCUCCCAAACCCACGGGGCCCCCCGCUCCCCCAUCUAAAGACGCCGCAGCCUCACCAUCGCCGAAGGAUGCAGCAGAAGCACCCAUAGAAGCAAAACCACCACUUCCUCCCAAGGAAAAAACGGCUUUACCUUCCGCUAAAGGCACCCCUGCAGCUGCGCCCGCAGCAGGGACCCCCCCAUCAGCUUCGAAACUUCCACCGCCUCCAGGGGCCAAGGGUCCCCCCCCACCCGCAGUUACACCUGCAGGCAAGGGGCUCCUGCCUCCGAAAGGGGGUCCUCCCAAACCCCCACCAGUGCCAACAGACGAUGCAGCCUCUUCAAGCCCCCCUAGGGAGCCUGUGAAAAAAGGGCCAUCAGGCCCCCCAACGGGCCCCCCGAGUGCCCCCAAAGGACCCCCGGGCCCCUCAAAGGGCCCUCCAGGUGCCCCCAAAGGACCCCCAGGCCCUCCAAAGGGACCUGCGGGUGCCACGAAAGGGCCCCCAGGCCCCCCUAAAGGGCCUCCCACGAAGCCACCUUCACCAGCUGGCAAGCUUCCCGGCCCUCCCCCGCCAAAGCUGUCGUCGUCCCCUCCAAAGCCAAAAGCUACUAAUGGUCAGUGA